GAAGCAGACGGAGUGCAGCGGAGGCCUCUGUUGCUGCCGUCAUGCCGUUCCCAUUUGGGAAGUCCCACAAAUCUCCAGCAGACAUUGUGAAGAACUUGAAGGAGAGCAUGUCCGUUCUGGAAAAGCAAGACAUUUCUGACAAAAAAGCAGAGAAGGCUACAGAAGAAGUAUCCAAAAAUUUGGUUGCCAUGAAAGAAAUUCUGUAUGGCACAAAUGAGAAGGAGCCACAGACAGAAGCAGUGGCUCAGCUUGCUCAAGAACUAUAUAAUAGUGGGCUCCUUGGCACUCUGGUAGCUGACUUACAGCUCAUUGACUUUGAGGGCAAAAAAGACGUGGCUCAAAUAUUCAACAAUAUUCUCAGAAGACAAAUUGGUACAAGAACUCCUACUGUUGAAUACAUCUGCACCCAACAGAAUAUUUUGUUCAUGUUAUUGAAAGGGUCUUGA